AUGCAAUUCCGUACUAACCGCGUUCCGCUGCAGGCAUACAUGGAGCGCAUAGGUAAAGCGCCGAGUGCGACCUGCCCGACAUGCGGAGAAGCCCCCGAAACAGUACAGCAUUUCCUGCUCGCCUGCCCAACAUACUCGCUGCACCGCGCCGUCCAUUUUGCGCCCCUCGGUUUCUCCGGCCGCACACUCUCCGCCCUCCUCAACGCCAAGACUUCCCUCCGUAUGCUGUUCAGCUAUGUGAACGCCACGGGACGGCUGCGAUCGGCGGUCGGCGUCCUCAUUGGCCCGCGCUCUGGCUACCCCGACAGCGACGAGGACGACGGCGACGCAUAA